CGGCAACAUGAGUCACUGGUACGAGUGACGGUCCCAACGGCGGCACUUGCUCUUUGUGCCCCUCUAGGUGGGAGCUGUAACAAAUGCCGGGUUCCUGCGGUCAUAUAAAGAGCGCAGUUUUGCCGUCGUCUCAGAACGAGACGCGAUAUAGACAGGUGCAAGACUCGGUUCUACUACUCGCUUCACUCCCCGAACCAUACACUUCUCACGUGUAAAGGUCGUUAUUGGCCUCCCUGGCGUCUGUCCUGACCCAUAAUCAUGCUUAAGCUUCUCCUUCCCGGCCGUUCCAAUUCCAAAGAGGGGAACCAUGUCACAGUCAGCGAGGGCUACCAUUUCUUUACUGUGUUUGAAGGCAGUAUGACUGUGACGAACCCUGCUCCAGUUCACGAACAGCCUGUCGACUUUGGGCCACCCUUUGAUGACGAUGAUGCUGACCUCAUCCUUCGCUCCUCCAACAACGUCGACUUCCCCGUCCAUCGCGUCUGCCUCUGCAAAGCCUCUCUCAUCUUCAAGACACUGUUUUCUUCUCAGGUCCCAUCCGGUUGUAUCCUAAUCUACUGGGUGCCUGACUUUAUCCUCCGCCCCUCCGGUACGAAGGGAGGCGUCCCUGUCUUCACUCUAACGGAGCCGAGCCCAAUCCUUCAUGCAUUACUCUCUCUCAUCCUGCCGAUUACGCCCAUCUAUCCUGCGAACGUGAAGGAUGCCUUAGCUCUCGUCAGCGCCGCCCACAAGUAUGGGAUGCAGAUUGUGUCCCUGCGUGCGAGAGCGAUACUUGACUCUUUCUUGACUAUCGAGACUUGUCUUCGCGUCUUCGUCGUCGCCCAUCAUCUCGGACUUCGGGACGAGCUGAUCAAGGCAGCGCAACUUAGCUUGGGGAGAUCCUUCGAGAUCGAAGACUACGACCCCGAGCAUCCAGACACCUUCGUUUUGCGUGACUUGCAGCGAUAUCGCGAAGCCUAUGCACAUGCCGCUAGCAAGAAGCUGAGCUCCCCCGGCAAGUUCACUCUGCCCUCCACACCUUCCAAGAUCGACGAAUGGAUCGCACAGCAACAGUGUCGCGCCCGUCGGCCAUCUUCGAGCACACACCCUCGAUGCUCUAAUACCGCGAAUGCGUGGAAGAGCAUGAUAUUGGGCGAGAUGAAGCGGAUGGCGCCUGAGGUGGCGACGGUUCCCCAACGUUUGUAUUACUGGCGGUAUCCGAUUCUAGCUGGG